AUGAGGUUGCACAACAGCUAUGUCUAUGACGAGCCCAUAAAGGGUACUUCAGAAUCAGCAGAGUGGAUAUUUUUAGUCACUAGCCUUGGCCUAGAGAUGUUGUCAGCUGCUUUUGAUCAGGCUUCCUCCCCAACAAAACCCCACUAUGCACUAUUUGGUGUGCUGUUGGCUACUGCGGCUUUACUUAUUUCCAUCUGGGAGCUAAUUUAUAAUGGUAGAAAGGAAAGAGUUGUGCUAAGGAGAUGGGGAAGGCUCUGGUGGUUUUAUUAUCCACCUCCUCGGAACGCACUUUUCGGUACUCUUCCUGACAUUUAUGGACUAGUUGGCGGCAUCUCGCAGUGCAUUUGCUCUGUAGUUCAGUACAUGUACUACCUUCGGCAUGCCGAUAAUCCUAUCAAAGUAUCCAUUUUGCCUGCCAUAUUUCUUAUGUGCUUAGGUGGUUCAAAACUAAAUAGGAAUCAGCGGAACAUGAACACCAUCGAACAUAAGAUGUUUAGGAAAAGGCAACUCUUGCACAGUGAGUCUAUCUAA